AUGGGCUCGGACGACGAGGUGGCAGCGGUGAGCAGCCUGAGGGCGCAGCUGUCGCAGGUGGCGAGGGCCAAGGACGAAGCCUCGCGGGCGCUGUUGGCGGUGCUGGCGGACGACCAGACGGCACGAGAUGGCGACGGACCGGCGGCGCGGGCGCUGCAUGCGGAGGACUCUGCACUGCGUGAGGACGAGGCUGAGCUGAUGGCGGCGUUGGACGAUGUGCAGCAGCGACUGGGCCUGUUUGACCGCAUUCCGCGACUCUCGGACGAGGCUGCGGCGAAGCGUGCGUCGCUGGCGGCCGAUGAGGCGCGGCUGCUGGAGCAGCUGGGUGCGGUGCAGAGCCGGCGGGCGGCAGUCCGCGAGGCGCUGCUGGAGUUGGACGGGGCGGCGGCGCGACGGCGGACCGAGAUUGCUCGUUUGAAGGACGCCAAGGUGGCGGCCGAGGGCAAGCUGCGAAGUCUGCACGCGCAGCUGGCGUCGGCCGAGGCCGUCCUCCGGGAUCCGGGUCCGGGCGAUGCGCCGCAGGGGGCCGGGCGCGGUGAUGCGCCUAACUCGCGGGCAGAGCUGGUCCUCCGGUCAGAGCUGGCGCGAGUGACUGCGGAGAAGGACGAGCUGUUGCGCGAGUAUGACUCGCUGCGGUCGAUUUACGAGCGGGACAUCAAGGCGCUCUCUACCGAGCGACUGGAGCUUGUGACGCGGAUCGACGGGCUGGAGGCGCAGAGCCUGCGGCUCUCGCAAGAACUCAAUGCUGCGAUGGUCGAGGCCGACGAUCUGCGCUCUCAGCUGGCAGCCGAGCGGCGCGCCAAGGACGACAUUGCGGUCCAGCUGCAGGUUGUGCGCGAGCUCCGCGGUGACGAGUCGCACAUUGCCGCCAUUGCCUCGUCGCUGACAGACGAGGUCAUGGCGCUGCGCGCGACCAACGACUCGCUGGAGACUGCGCUUCGGUCAUCGCGGGUGGCGCUUGAGCGCGAGCAACGCAUGUCUGCCAUGGCGCAGACGAUGCCGCUCCCGGACGCGGCGCCCUCGGCCAAGCGUCUCCAGCAGGAGGUCGCUGCACUGCAGGAGAUGGUCGAUGCGUACAAGGCUUCCGAGGCCGAGGCCACCACCCGAAUUUCUGCUCUCGAGAGCGAUCUGGACGAUGCGCGGCGGCGGCUUGCGUACGAGCUUGAGCAUACAGGCGACGAUGGCGAGGCGGAGGCGGAAGAGGCCAGUGAGGCCGAUGCUGUGACCGAGGCCGAGGCAAGGGCGGCAGCAGCUGAGGCACGGGCAGCCGAUGCUGUGUCAGCUAUGGCCGAGGCCGAGGCGCGCGCGGAAGCGGCCGAGGCCGCGACUGCAGCGCUCAAAGACCGGCAGGCGGAGGCGGCGCGCCGGCAUGCAGACGCUACUUCUCAGCUGGAGGCCAAGUUCCAAAAGGCGACUGCAGCCGCGGUGGCUAAUCUCACGGACCGCGUUGCGCAGCUGGAGAGCGAGGUCGACAGCUUGCAGAGUGCAAACGCGUCGUUGCGGCGCGAGCUUGCUUCGGAGCAGGAGCGGGAACUCGAGUCGACAGUAGCGGCCGACGUCGUGGUUGAGGUACGCGAGCAGGUGGCCUACACUUCUGAGGUCAUUGCGUCACUCGAGGAGCGGCUGCACCGCGCUGCGACAAACACCUGA